CCUUAAGCAAAUAAAAUACAUAAUGGAACACAUGCAAUCAUCAUACAUUAUCAACGACGUUGCCUCAUGUUGCGAGUCAAAUUUUCUGUAACUUCAUCUCGCAAUGCAAUGAUACGUUGAGAACUUACACCGUGGACCUCAUUUGAACACCUUUCGGUGGGUUCUUGUGUUGGUGGGGUGAUGCGAUCUUCCGGAACAAAAACAAGGUUUGUCUCAAAACAAAGAAAAGCGGGAUCGUCAUUAGAAUAUUGCCGAAUGAAAUUAUGUAGUGCCAUAGUAGCUAAGAUUAUUUUGACCUGCACCUUAAAAGGAUAAGAAAGCAUGGAUCUAAGGAUACACUAUGAUAAACAUGUAAUUUCCAUGUUUAUGUUUGUAUUUUUAAUUAGUUUUGAUUGAUUAUUACUUUGAAAUUUACACACUUUUGGUGUAAUAGUUUAGUUUGUAAAAAUGUUUGUAAUUUGUUUAGAUUAGAUUCAUUCUGAGCUCAAACGGGUCCAUAAUCACUCAAGGGACCAUUGGUGUACCCCAAAAGUUGAAGGAAGGUGCAAAAUCACAAGACAAAUUCACGGAUCCUGAUUUUUGGUCUAUACCCGAUCGGGUAUGACCUAUACCCGAUCGGAUAUCUUGUUGAAAUUUCAAACCGGAUCGGAUCCGAGACAAGGCAAUGUGCAAGAGGAUUUUUAGCCAUGUUCGAAUGUCCAUACCCGAUCGGGUGACCGACAUACCCGGUCGGGUAUGCCCCACUUUUGCAGUUUCCGGGAAGCCUCUGAAGGUACCCGAUCGGACACCCUAUAUGCCCGAUCGGGUACACACCCCUGCAUGCUCCAAAAACCUAUAAAUACCCCCCUUUCCUUCCCAAAGAAAACCACCAAUUCACAUAUACUUCUAAGCUCAGUCUAGAUAAGUUCUUUCUUUAUAUUUUCAUCAUGUUUAGUCUCCAAAUGAGGAGCUAAACUCUUCCAUCUUGGUUUUGCUACUUUGAAGCUUAAUGAAUUUCAAAGGUUAGAAAAACAUCAAAAAAUUGAAAAAGAAUUCAAGAAGAGGAAGAGCGCACAUUACAAUCGAAGAAGAGCGCACAAUUCAACUCUAUCGUGGAUGGGUCUGCGAACAAUUGAAGAAGAAGAAGAAGAGCGGGGGAGCUUACCUUGACUUGACGAAUAUGGAGAAGCCGAGCUGAUGAAACUAGACGCAACAGAUCCAGCACGGUCUUUGACGCAACGAUGUAUGAACAUGCAUAGUAGAAGGGCAAAGGAGUAUAUUUGUUUUUCAACGGUAAAAUAAUACCUUUCAGCGGAAAAAGUAACAAUAUAGUUACUUUUCUGGUUGAUAAGGAAAAUCAGACCAAACAGCCCAAUUCACAUCUAUAUGACUGUAUUUUUAUAUUUUAAGGCUUAUCCGCCUAUUUUAAUGGCUCCAAAGGGCCCCUAAGUCUUCUUUGCUUGCUUUGUUUUUUACCUGGUUUUCUUUUUUCCCUCUUUUACUUACGCGUGCUUUAGGACUUCUCAAUUCCAAUAGCAUGUUGAAUUGCUUACCAUUUCGAUAUAGCGUGCUUUGACCAAAUGAAGAUAUGCCGCACUAGAUAGUCACAUAUAGUCAAACCCUAGAGUUAUAAAUCCUUGGAAAAUGGUAUGAAUAAACUAUUAAGAUUUGAAAUUCUAUCCAAUCGACAUAAUUGGAGAAAUAGUUCAAAAAUCUGUAUAUGUUAGUUUGUUUUUUUAUAUGCAUGCCCUCUCAAAAUGGUGAGUCAUUGGAGAAUACCAAUCAUAUAGUAGUUGUGUUUGUUGUUAAGGCCUACGGAGACCUAAUUGCUUUUGCUUGUUGGAGUUUAAUCGGCUCUGAUACUAUAUACACAUUUAGAGUUUCAUUCCUAGGGACAAUGAUGUUUUUAUUUGGACCAUUUUAAGUCCCAAACUAGACUUAUGCAGAUCAGACCAGACUUUCGUAGUUAUAAAAUACAUAAUGAUCAAAUAUUUAUCAGACCAAACCAGACCAAAUCAGUUCAGACCAUAAUAAAACAGACUUAAACGGACCAAGUAAACAUAUCCUAAAAGUCAACCAAAACGAGUAGCUUAAGAUUUAAUUUGUAUUUUUAUAUAUGCAAUGGGCGAGUGAUAGUUUAGUUGUUAUAAUUAAUUGAUUAGAGUAUUUUGAGUUGUGCUAUACGCAAUGGGCAGUUGAAUUUAAUAAAGAGUGGUUAAAACACUGGCACUAAUAAUUUUGAAAUCAUGAUCCACAUACAAUACUUUUCACAUUAAAGUAAAUAUAUUUUCAUAAAAGAUCAGCAAUUUUCAAAUGACAUAAUUGGAUUCUUGUACUCGAAUUUUCUAAAUAAAUAUCACCUAGAAGAUCGGUUCACACUUAGCAACGUAUGUUACUACUUGACGUGUAGACUUAUGUCUACCACUCGAGCACUACAAUCGUUAGAAAAGAAAAAGAGAAAAUUAGGUGAGAAUUAACUAUCGUCAAGUAUUCCUUAAAGUUGAAUACGUGAUUAAGACCGAACAAACAUGAGAGAAGGAAGUAAAAGGUGGUUAUAAGAUUCUUUGGAUUUAAGGGUUGCCUCACGCAGCUCCUAGGGUAAUCCACCCUCGUUUUUCCGAGGGGCGUGUGAGAUUGGUUGGAGGGCGAGGUGAGUGGUUUGGACGUAUUGGUGGAUUGAGGCGGCGACAGGUCGGUUAUUGGGGUAAGGACAGUGGUUAGUGUAUUUAGACAACGGGUUUUGGCGAGCAGUGAUCGAAGGCCGAACCCAAAUUAAGCAGCAGCAGUGCGGUGGUAUAGGAGCACAUGGAAGCUUUUGUUGAUUGCUACAAGCAGAUGUCGAUCGGUACAGAUUCAGAGGAGCUUGAUCUUGACGAACUCGAUGCUGAGGAAGUUCCGACGAAGACAGGUCCUAAAGAGUUCUCGGUGAUCGGCCAAGUACUAACUAAUAGGAAGGUUAAAUUUCCGAAUUUUAAAGAGAUGAUGCUAUCUUUGUGGAGAUCGGGGAAAAAAGGUAUUUGUUUACUUUUUUCAUUGUUUUGAUAUGAUGCGUGUUCUUGAGGGGGUCCAUGGCAUUUGAACGCAGUCUUGUGAUGUUAAAAGAAGUUAUGCCUGAUGAUAUCACACACAAAAUUAUUUUAAAUGAGUCAGAGUUUUGGGUUCAGAUUCAUAAUGUUCCCUAUAGUCUUGUUAACCUGGGUACUGCCAGACGUGUGGGAAAUUUCAUAGGGCAAUUUGUUAAGUAUGAUGAUUUUCAGAAGAGUGAUAAAUUAGAGCCAUAUAUGCGGGUUAGGGUCCUUAUGAAGAUGGAGAAAUCAUUGAAGAAAGGGACAAAUCCGAAAAAGGAUGGCAAAAGUUUUUGGGUAGAUUUUAAAUAUGAGAGUCUGCCAAACUUUAAUUGGACAUUCAGAUAAUUUUUGUCCCUUAAAUUAUGAAGAAGGCUUAGUUUUAGAAAAAAGAUUUGAGAUCCAUCUCAGAGCAGGGAGUGAGGUGAAAACAAGUACUACAGGAGGUCAAAAAUGGCUUCUGGAGGGUUCGUCGAGCUCUGGCAAAUCGAGUGGAUAUAUUGAGGCACAGAAAUUAGAGGACAAGAUAGAUGAAAGGGGGAAAGAUGUAACGAUUGAAUCAACCCAAAGCUUUACCAAAGGAGGUGGGAGGAGUCAAAAUAAGAGGUUUCGAAGAGAAGGAAGAUUGGGGAGAUCCAAACAGAGCAGGAGCAAGAAGAGGAUGUCAUGGCCUUGGAUGGGACAAAAAACGGGGAGGAGGCGGGCUUUGCUCCUUAAGCCCGCCGAAGCCGCUGAUGGAAGAUGGGAGGCCACAGAUCCGAGGAACGAUUCGUGUUUUCUGGCUGCAUCAGAAGUUUAUUAAUUUUUGUUUUGUUUGUUGUUUCAGAGUUCCUUUUGGUGGUGAUAUCAUGUAUCGAUUCAUGUUAGCCGACCCCAAUAUCUUUUGGGACUAAGGCUUGGAUGUUGUUGUUUGUUGUUGUUUCAGAGAUUGUUAUGUUUGCUUUGCUGUUUGUUUUUUCUGUUAUGUUCCUGUUUGUAAGACGUCGAUUUUGGAUGUGGGGGAUGAGAUGAAUAUGAUGACCGG